GCCAGGCCUCUGGCGGCGCCCCGCUGCCGCGUCCCCCUUCGCCCGCGUCCCCCGCGCGAGUUCCUGUCAGAUCGCUCUCCCUGACGGCGCGAACGAGCGGGGCGUUGGUGGCUGAGCGCUCCGCGUACUGUACGGGCCACUGUGUACUUCCGCGGUUCCUUAUUUCAGCCAUGUCUGACAAAAGUGAACUGAAGGCAGAGUUGGAGCGCAAGAAGCAACGCUUGGCUCAAAUCAGAGAGGAGAAGAAAAGAAAGGAGGAAGAAAGAAAGAAAAAAGAAACUGAUCAGAAGAAAGAAGUUCUUCCUGUGCAAGAAGAAUCUGAUCUUGAAAAGAAGAGAAGAGAAGCUGAGGCAUUACUUCAGAGCAUGGGGUUGACACCCGAGUCUCCUGUUGUCCCUCCUCCUACCUCUCCAUCUUCCAAAUCUGUGAGUACACCAAGUGAGGCUGGAAGCCAGGACUCUGGUGAUGGCGCCGUUGGAUCUAGGACGCUGCAUUGGGAUACUGAUCCAUCAGUUCUUCAGCUUCACUCUGAUUCCGAUCUGGGACGCGGACCUGUUAAACUCGGAAUGGCCAAAAUUACACAAGUUGACUUUCCUCCUCGAGAAAUUGUUACAUAUACAAAGGAGACACAAACACCUGUUAUGACUCAGCCAAAGGAAGAUGAGGAAGAUGAAGAUGAUGUAGUCGCACCAAAACCAUUAGUUGAACCUGAGGAAGAAAAAACAUUAAAAAAAGAGGAGGAGGAAGAAGCUGCCCCUCAUGAACUUACAGAAGAGGAAAAACAACAAAUUUUGCAUUCUGAAGAAUUUCUAAGUUUCUUUGACCACUCCACACGGAUUGUUGAAAGAGCUCUUUCGGAGCAAAUCAACAUUUUCUUUGAUUACAGUGGAAGAGACUUAGAAGACAAAGAAGGAGAGAUUCAAGCAGGAGCAAAACUGUCCUUAAAUAGGCAGUUUUUUGAUGAACGUUGGUCAAAGCAUCGUGUUGUCAGUUGUUUGGACUGGUCAUCUCAGUACCCAGAAUUACUUGUAGCCUCUUACAACAACAAUGAGGAUGCACCUCAUGAGCCUGAUGGGGUGGCCCUUGUAUGGAAUAUGAAGUACAAGAAAACUACCCCAGAGUAUGUCUUUCACUGCCAGUCAGCAGUGAUGUCAGCUACAUUUGCAAAAUUUCAUCCCAAUCUGGUGGUUGGUGGCACAUACUCAGGCCAAAUAGUGCUAUGGGAUAAUCGCAGCAAUAAGAGAACCCCAGUGCAGAGAACUCCACUUUCAGCUGCUGCUCACACGCACCCAGUCUACUGUGUAAAUGUUGUUGGGACCCAGAAUGCUCAUAAUUUGAUUAGCAUCUCAACUGAUGGGAAAAUAUGCUCUUGGAGUCUGGACAUGCUUUCUCAACCACAGGAUAGCAUGGAGCUGGUUCACAAACAGUCCAAGGCUGUGGCUGUUACCUGCAUGUCCUUCCCUAUUGGUGAUGUCAACAACUUCGUUGUUGGCAGUGAAGAAGGCUCGGUGUACACUGCGUGCCGUCAUGGAAGCAAAGCUGGAAUCAGUGAGAUGUUUGAAGGACACCAGGGACCAAUCACAGGUAUCAACUGCCAUGCAGCUGUUGGACCCGUAGACUUCUCACAUCUUUUUGUCACCUCUUCUUUUGACUGGACAGUAAAGCUUUGGACAACUAAGAAUAACAAACCUCUCUACUCCUUUGAAGACAACUCAGAUUAUGUUUAUGAUGUGAUGUGGUCUCCAACUCACCCAGCCUUGUUUGCCUGUGUGGAUGGGAUGGGAAGGCUUGACCUGUGGAAUCUCAACAGUGAUACUGAGGUGCCAACUGCAAGCAUUACUGUGGAGGGCAAUCCUGCUCUGAACCGUGUGAGAUGGACGCAUUCUGGGAGAGAGAUUGCUGUAGGUGACUCGGAGGGACAAAUAGUUAUAUAUGACGUGGGAGAGCAAAUUGCCGUUCCUCGCAGUGAUGAGUGGACUCGAUUUGGUCGAACACUGGCAGAAAUAAAUGCUAACAGAGCUGACGCAGAAGAGGAAGCUGCAACCCGCAUACCAGCGUAGAUCUUUGAAGACAGGCAGCAGUAGUAGACUUCUGAAUGAUUUGAUGCAAAUCUUAAAAGUGUAAGCAUGUGUCAGUUCAAAUAAUAGCCUAAGGGGGCAAUAUAUGGAUUCAACUAUGGACUUUAAAAACUUAAGAUUACUGAAACUCAGAUCUUGCGUUGUCACUUUUUAUAUAUAAAUUACAAGCACAUUCUUGGAUUUGUGUAACUUUUAAUACAGUUAACUUUGACUUUGCAAGAAACUUCUUUUGCUGAAACACUAACCUGGUGUAAAUUUGCUGUUGGGCUUCUGAAAUUUCCACUUUGUAACAGUAUCUAUUUCUGAAAAGUACAAGUUCUGUUUCUAAACUUUCUAUAUUACAUAGACUUACCUUCGUUAGGUAGUAAAUGUCUGAAGCAUUCUUUAAUUUGAACUCUUCAAAUUACCCAUGGAUAUGCAUGCAUAUGUUCCAAGUAAGUUUCAUUGUUUAUAUAUAGAUAAGCCUCAGACUCUGGUAGUGGGUUACAUAUGUGAAUAAAAAUUUGUCUGUAGUUACAAACUUAUUUGAUAAUUGGACCUGAAUUAAUGAAAUACAUAUUUAAUACCAAGUUCUUUUGUUUGAAUUGGUGCAUUAAAAGGUGAGACAGAUUCAUAAAUAAAUAUUACAUGAGCACUUGUCAGCUGCCCUGACCCCUAAUCUGUAUCACUUCAGUAGUUUUAAGAGUAGAAAGUUCCUGGGAGCAGCUGCUUUCAUUUUAUUACACACAUCACAGAGUUGUUUUCUACCCCCAACCUCCACCUCCUACCAUGGCAAUCCACCAAAAGGAGAAAGGCUACUGUUGUCAAAUUUUUCUUUUCCAGCGGAUGAGGAAGUAGACUCUGACUUAACAGAACGCAAACUGUCAUGCUAUAGAAAUUAACUAUAGACUUGCUACUAAUUUUCUGUAUUAAAGAAAGAGCUUUCAUUGCGUUUUAACUUUUUUUCUGUUAUUGAAACAAAAUCUCUCAAUGGCUUGAAACAGAACAGUUGAUCAGUGGUUAAUUUCUGUUAAAGGUUUAAUUUCUGGAGUACACCUUAAUACCUUAUAAAGUUUCCCAUCAAGACGGGGGGGGGGGGUGGGGGGGUGGAGGGGAUGGGUUUUGUUUGCUGUUUUAUUUUUAGUAAAUAUUCUGACUUGUACUAAUCAGGCACUAAAACAGUAUUGAUGCCUUUAAGUCAGGACUAUAGGUUUGUUUCUGGUAUUAAUCUGCUACAAGCUUAUCAUUGUGCCAGAAGAGCUAUUUUGUAUGCUUAAAAGUAGGAAAUAGCUUUACAUUUCUUAACCGGCUUUAUGUCCAGAAGUAUUCUUAGUGCUUCUGCAUUGUUUGUGCUUUAAGUGUGGGGUUUUGUGUUUGGGUGGCUUUUUUUUGCGUGUGUCUCAUCUCAGUUCUGUUACAAGCAGCUCACAGAGACAAAGGCAGCAGUAACAGCAGCUCUGUCUUCAGGAGGUUCUCUUCUUUCAGUGGGUUUGAAAGUGAAAUGUAUUUAGGCUUUCAUUGCUGUUGGCUUGUCAAAAGUCGCCCCUCUUUUCAAUGCAAAGUCAUGCUGUUCAGUUUGACACUUACCUUGUAUAUUUUCCUCAACCUUAUAACAGCAGCUAUCUAUUCAGUUGAGAAGUGUGAACUAUAGAAAGAACAGGCACACUGUGUAAUGAUUUUUACCCUUUAGGCACAAGAACUCUUAACGAGCAGAAUGUUCUAUUGUCUUACUGGUUUCUUGGGGGGUGUUUCGGAGUUGUGGUUUUUGUCUUUUUUUUUUUUUUACUGAGACUGUUACUUCUCAUUUAGUAAUACAUUUCCUUCAGACUUACACUUUGAGAAAUUCAGUGGAUAAGGCUUUCUUUCAGUGGAUUGUGGCAUAAACAUAUAGGUCAUAUGGCACUAGUUUUACAUAAUUUCAGCCUUCUAAUAAUCUUCUAUUAUUAGAUUUCAGUACUGUUCUGUAUUCAUUCCUGCUUGUGUUCCUCCCUCACAACACAGUUGAGUACAGGUUAAAAAUGUUGUAAAACCUCCACCUGCAACGUAAGAGACCAACAGUGAUGCUAGAUACUGUAAAUGAUCCUCCUGGGAGGUACACUGUCCAGUUUUGGAGCUGUAAGAAAUACAAAUGCUGUCUUGUGUUGUAAAGUCUCCUAAGGCCUUGAUCAAGUCAGUCAACAAGCUGUGACUAAGAUGAAAUGCCAGUGGGUACCUACCAUUUUUGUAUCUAUUUAGAAAAGCACAGAACAAAAAAUGCAUGGAUAUGGGGGAGAGUUCCUGGGAAGCUUGUCUCUAGAAUAAACUGCACAGAACAGGUGAUUCUUUAUAAAGCCAGGAAGCCUUCUAAUGGGGUUUUAUAUACGCAUGUUGCAAAACUGUGGUCAAACUCCCAAGUUCAAUGUAUUGUAACCUCUAGCUCAUUGAAUAAUAUUGACAACUGAAAGAUUCUACAUCUUGCUUAGAGGCUAGAACUGAAGGAGGGCUUGUCUGUGUUUGUAGUCUUCAGUUUUUAAGAAGCUAUUUCUUCAUCAGCUGACUAAAACUCUUCAUAUUGGCCUGCUGUCACCUGAGCAAGAAAAUAACAGAGCUUCAGGUCAGUUUAUACCGUGGGGAUGCAGUGUCAGGAUGUUGAACCUCGAAGAUGGGAGGUUGUUGUACUUCAGUAAGGCUGGAAACUCACCCACCUCUCCUCAGGCUAUAUGGGUAGUGUAACUGCUUUUCCUCUAGGUCUGUAGAAAUCCGGAGUCCCCUGUUCCCUCUCACAUAUUUUGCAUUUAAAAAUUCCACCAGAUAAAGUUUUGGCAGACAUUAAGCCAGAAACAGUUCAAGCGUUCCCUUGCUCCUGUCCUUCUACUUGGCAUUCCGCUCAACCGGAAAUGUAAAUGACCAGUUUUGCAUACAAAAGUAAGUCUUUUUUUCCAGAAUAACCUAAUCUUUCAGCAGUGAAGCAAUCUAGAAAUAAAGAGAAUGCCUUCAAUGUUAUUUAUUUUUUUAUAUUAAAAGCUUUCAAUUCUGGAAAAAAGCACCAAGUAAUAAAUCCUGUAAAAAUUCUUGAGCCUGUUAAUAACUGGCAAAUAUCUCGCUGUGUUUUCAAUAUGCUACCAUAGAGGUAAGAUUUAUUACACAUUUCGUAUUACCAUGUAUUUCAAGGGAAUUUCUUGUUACAAAGUAGUACUGCAAAAUAAAAUACUGCAUGUGCUCAUCUCA